AUGAAUCCAUAAUAAUUAGAUAAUAAUGUACAUAAACAGCCAGGAUUUAUUUCCUUUCUUAAAAUAUGGUGGUAUUCACAUUAUUUUGGAACUAAAAUUAUCUUAAUUAUUUCAGCUAUUUUUGGAUUUAUUGAUAUAUUUACACAUUUUGCUUUUAACAUCUUUAGUAAUUCACCUGAUUAAACAAUGCCUUUUUAAAUCUAAAGAUUAAUUUUUGCUCCAUUUAUUCAUUGUAUCAAUCGAAUUUAUUUUAUAAUUUAGAUUACAACCUAGAUUUAAUCUUGGCUAUUAUAUGUAUCAAUAAUAAAUUCAAAGACUUUGAAAUAAAACUAGGGACAGUAGCUUUCAUUAUCACCAUCACUAGUUUAGGUUUUAUCACUUAAGUAUUAAAACAAAUAUAAUUUUAGUCACUAUGUCUUCUUUUAUAAUUUAUCUUUUCUUACAUUUAUAAUCCUUUCUAUUAAGUCCCAGCUUAUAGUUUAUGGAAUUAUGGCAUAUUCUUUAUUAUUCAAGAGUAUUAUGUAUUUAUUAUUUUAAGAUGUCUUGUGCUACCAAAUGGAUAAAGUCAAUUCUUGAUUUUUCCACUGUAACUUAAAAAUAAAUAUUAUCCUUUAAUAUUUGUUGCUCUUUUUACUUUAAUCCAAUAAUCUUUAACAUUCAUUAGUUCAUCCUUAAUUGCAAUUCUUUAUAAUAUAUUAUUAGAUAUAUUUUCUUUACAACUUGCUGUAUAAAUUAUCUAAUAAUAAGACUAUUGAAAAAUUAGAAAAAACAAUAAUUUUUAAAUGGUUUAUAGAAAGAAUAGAUUUUAGAAGAGUCUCAAAUUACUAAGAUUAAUUAGAACCUAGUGUUGAUUCAAGAGAAUUACCAUAUGUUGAAACACCUCCUGCUAAGUUUGUCAAGUGAUUUAUAUAUUUUAGAUUGACAGCUGAAGGAAGUGCCCCAUUUCCUCCAUCUCUUGUAUUAUCAGAAUUACAAUAGUAAUUAAGUAAUGAAAUACAUGAAAGAGUUGUGGAUUAAGAAGAAUAAAAAUAAAAGGAAUUAUAGAAUGAAGAAUAAGAUCUAUGA